AUGAUAAUCGACAACUCUGUUGAACAAAAGACAACAAAUGAGAGCAUUGAGCAUCAUUCCUCUAAUGAAGAAGCAAGCGAAGAAGCCUCCACAUACACUUCCAGUUCCUCUCCCAGCUCUUCGACAAGUAUCAAACAACAGCCAUUGACAACAGCGGAUUACGAGAAAAUUGAGUCCAUGUAUAACAACCUUCAAGACGAGAAGAAAUGGGUGUUAUCAUCUGGCAUUAUAGUGGAGGACGAAAUGAAGCAGUUUGCUAUCAGUUGUUCUGUGGAGCAACUCGACUCUUUGCCAUCACUGCCCACUGAUAUCGAAAACUUCAUGAACACAAUCAAGGAUAUUGAUAAUUUAAACGCUCUCAAGGAUACUAUCUCAAAUCAUCCACAGACAAACCCUGACUUGGAAUGGGUGCGUUCGUCCAUGGAAAGUUGCAUAAAGCUUUUCAAACAUCGCUAUCUGCCAUUAGCAGACCAUAGCGAAGCCGAUCUACUGCGACGAGUUUGGAUGUUCAUAGAUACCUGCUUUGACACUUCAAAAAUACAUUGCAAAGGAGGCGAAAAGAGCAGCUUGUCUUCGUCUGCUGGAAGGAAUAUUGGUCGUAACAUAGGCUCAAGACAGCCCAUCUCAAAAAAGCUUUGUGGACGGAAAGUAGACUUGGAAUUUAAAAGUGCUGACACUGAGUAUGGCCUUGCUGAGUGUAGUCGCUACCACUCUUUGAAUGACACAAAACAGCUGAUGGAUGGCGGAUUCAAGAUGCCAAAGAUCAUGAAGGAGAUGAUAUACCAGCUGGUAAAAAAACGUUCUCCACAAUCAUUCAGAGAUGUCUCGGUCAUUGGGUUUCUUCCCUCAGAACUGAAUUUGUCCCUGCUCCUACUGGAUAUCCCUGAUGGCUAUGUAUGCCGCAUUAGUCAUCGACACCCUUUGAAGUAUCCUGACGAUGAAGAUUCUAUUGCUAAAGAAUUUCCCCAGAUCCUCAAAGUUGUAUAUCAGUCUCGUCUACUCAUGGAGAACGCCAGAUUGAUGUCUCGAAACCAGAUUGAAGGGUUUGAUGUUGGAGAACGAGCCCCCAUCCCUCCAUGCUUUUACAUGUCAGUACCAGAAAGCUCAUCACCAUCCAGACGAAAGAAGAGAAAAACUUCCCCAUAA